UAUGCUCACAAAAGCAUUAGCUAGAUAGAUGCGUGUAGGUAAUAAUUAUAAUGUAAUUUUUGUACAGCAUUCUCUGCUGCAAAGAAGGAAGCAUCAAAUUAAACAAAAUAGGCAACAACAACUACAACAGGAUAGAUUGCCUAAGUUAUUGGUGCAGUUGUAGAUGUCCAAUUCGAUGGCCCUUUACCACCUAUUUUGAAUGCAUUGUAAGUUUAAGGAACAAGUCAUAAAUUGAUAUUGGAAGUGGCUCAACAUUUAGGUGAUAGCAGAGUAAGAACAAUUGCUAUGGAUUCAACAGAAGGACUUAUUCGUGGUUAACCAGUUUCAGAUUUAGGUGGUCCAAUUACAAUUCCAGUUGGUCCUGAAACAUUAGGACGUAUUAUGAAUGUUAUUGGUGAUCCAAUUGAUGAAAGAGGUCCAAUUGAAACAAAAAUUAGAUAUCCAAUUCACAGAGAAGCUCCAAGCUUUGUUGAUUAAGGUAGUGGUGCUGAAAUCUUGAUAACUGGUAUUAAAGUCGUGGAUUUAUUGGCUCCAUAUGCUAGAGGUGGUAAAAUUGGAUUGUUCGGUGGUGCAGGAGUAGGAAAGACUGUGUUAAUUUAAGAAUUGAUUAAUAAUGUUGCUAAAGCUCAUGGUGGUUAUUCAGUAUUUGCAGGAGUAGGAGAAAGAACAAGAGAAGGAAAUGAUUUAUAUCAUGAAAUGGUUGCAUCAGGUGUUAUCAAUUUAAGUGGUGGAUCAAGAUGUGCUCUCAUUUAUGGNAACUCGAUUAAAUUUGAUUCAUAUAUUAAUUAAGCAAAUUCAAUUAUUUUCUUCUUAAGUCUUAAGUUAUACUUAUAGUAAAUUACAUCAAAGUUUUAAACAAUUAGUAAAAUACUUAUAAAUUAUUAUUUUAGGAUAGAAUUAUUGAU